UAAAGCUUGUUAAAUAUACUGUGUAUAAUCUUCAUCUUAAAAGUAAUCUGUAACUAAAGCUGUAGUGGAGUAGAAAGUACAGCAUUCCCCUCUGGAGUGCGGUGGAGUGGAGGUAUAAAGUAGCAUAAAAUGGAAAUACUUGAGUACAAGUACUUCAGAAUUGUGCUUGAGUACAGUACUUUGAGAAAAUGUACUUUACACCAUUGCGCUAAUGUUGCAACAAAAAAAAGGGAGGGGGGAGAAAAUGGAGAACUACUGACCAAAGAGCAGUGACCCAAUAAACAUGAAUGAAGUUCUGCAGAAGUCAGUGAGUGAGCUGUGCCUCCCUGCCUCUGAAGAUGCUUCAUUCUCUCCUCCAGCCUGGGAGGAAGAGGCCUGCCCGCUUAACUCUUUGACACCACCGUACGAGGAGUUAACGUGUAGCAAAGCGUGUAGUUAAUCUUCUCUACACUUGGCCAGAGGCUUCAAAGUGCUGCCCAACAGGCUCCUCUCAGCACAGUCCCAGAGCUCCUUUUCCCCCAGACAGAGUCAAAACUUCCCUCUGGAGAUGAAAAUAUCAGUGGUGUCCAAGAAGCUGUGGUGCGUCCACAAACAGCUGGUUGUCCUGCUCACUCCGCUCGUGUUUCUGCCUUUGCUUUUUACUCUGCCGGAGAAGGAGGGAAAAUGUCUUUAUGUGGUGGUGCUGAUGGCUACGUUUUGGUGCACAGAGGCCCUUCCUCUGGCUGUCACGGCGAUGCUUCCGGUCUGCCUCUUCCCGACACUGGGAAUUCUUCCGUCCAAAAAAGUCUGCCCUCAGUACUUCCUCGAGACCAAUUUUCUCUUCCUCAGCGGCCUUGUUAUGGCAUCGUCUAUUGAGGAGUGGGGCCUGCAUCGCAGAAUAGCCCUGAAGGUCCUGAGUAUUGUCGGAGUAAAACCAGCCUGGCUCAUUCUGGGAAUGAUGUUGACCUCAUCCUUCCUGUCGAUGUGGCUCAGCAACACCGCCACAACGGCCAUGAUGCUGCCUAUUGCUAAUGCCAUCCUGGAGAGUCUGUUUGGAGACCUGGAAACCCUGAAGCAAAAGUGCAAGUGCACGGAGGAUACAGAGAACGAUAUAAUAAAUGGUCAGUCUACUUUAAAGCUGCAUUCACUGCCCUCGGUGCCCACGGAAAAACAAAUACUGUCGAUAGAUGGUAACAAUAAGUCUCUGAUAACUUCAUAAGGACGGAUGUGACUGGAGCAGACAGACUUGAGGACAGCUGAGGAGAUCCGAUCAGAGUCCCAGUAUCAGCUGAAGGUGUGGAAAGGAUUCUUGAUCUGUAUUCCUUACGCAGCGAGUAUCGGAGGAACUGCUACACUCACUGGCACUGCGCCCAACCUCAUCCUGAUUGGACAGCUGAAAAGCUACUUUCCAGACUGCGACCUCAUCAACUUUGGCUCUUGGUUUGCCUUCGCUUUCCCACUCAUGCUUCUCUUCCUGUUUUUGGGAUGGAUAUGGAUUGCAUUUCUCUACGGGGGAUUGAAUACACGAUUAUGCUUCAAGAAAAACGACCGAAGAGCACAGGCAGAAGCCAGAGCCAAGGCUCUAAUAGAGGAAGAUUACAGGAAACUAGGGCCCAUAAAUUUUGCAGAGGGAGCCAUCUCUUUCUUUUUUAUAUUGUUUGCUGUUCUCCUGUUCACACGAGAUCCCAAAUUUGUCACCGGCUGGUCUGUGUUUUUUAAAAAAGGGUACGUCUCAGAUGCGGUCACUGGUGUCAUCAUUGUGUCCAUUUUAUUCUUCUUCCCGUCACAGAAACCUUCUCUGAGCUGGUGGUUCGACCCUCAAGCUUCAAACACUCCUUAUGUCCCUCUCCUAUCAUGGAAGAAAGCCCAGGACUCUGUUCCCUGGAACAUCAUUCUGCUGCUCGGAGGCGGCUUCGCUAUGGCCAAAGCUUGUGAGGAGUCUGGUCUCGCCUCCUGGAUCGGAGGCCACCUCCAACCUUUGGCCGAGGUCCCCCCUGCCGCAGCUGUGAUGUUGAUCACUGCUUUCCUGGCCUGUUUCACCGAGUUCGCCAGCAACACGGCCACAAUUAUAAUAUUUUUACCCGUCAUUGCUGAACUGGCUAUUCGUGUCUCCGUGAACCCUCUGUACUUCAUGAUACCUGCCACAGUGGGAUGUUCAUACGCCUUCAUGCUGCCAGUGUCCACACCACCCAACUCCAUCGCCUUCGCAUCAGGACAUCUCAUGGUCAAAGAUAUGGUGAAGACUGGCUUUGUCAUGAACAUCCUGGGCAUCCUCUCGGUCUCUCUGGCCAUGAACACGUGGGGCGUCGCAAUGUUUAACUUGAACGCGUAUCCAGAAUGGGCUCACCCCAUCAACAAAACUGCUCUUGUUACCGAAGUGCACCUCUCAUCCGUCCAGUCGCUCAAUGCCACUCUCUGAUCACUCACCUAAUCUCAGCACGAGCAUAGAAGAAGACUGUAUAAAGAUUUAACACUGAACAGGGACAAAAGUCUGUAGACAUCUACACUGUGUCACUAAAAUGUCAAAACGCUCUGGGAGCUUCAGUUGUUACCUGUGUCUUUUUAGGCUCUCAAGCAUCAAGAUUUCAAGCUGUGAAGUGUUGGCUUUGGCACACUCUGAUUUUUGAUUUAAAAAUAAUGCAGUAAGUUAAGAGCAAACUGUAUUAUUUUACUCUCCCUUCUUAAAAGUGGAGAAACAUUUAAAAACAUUAAGAAGAAACCAGUUCUGAGGAGGUGUUAUGCAGAGUGUUUUGAUGCUACUAGUCUGACCUCUGCUGAAAAAAUGAGAGAGGCAUUUGUGAAUAAUUCUUUUAAAAAAUAUAUAUUUUUGUUAAAAUCACUAAGAGAUCAUGUUACUUGUUUAUGUGUAUCAUAUGGCACAUGUUUAGUGACCAAAACCAUGAUGCAUAAACAAUAUUUUAAAUCUUUUCUACAUUAGAGUUUGAAUCCUGACUAAUGAAUCUGUAAAUUUUGUUACAAAGUGAUUUGCAUUCAUACAGUAUAUAAGUGCUGUUACAAAUAAAUUGUUUGAGUUUGUA